AUGACCGAUGUAAAACACCCUCUUACGACGACAACUACAUCUACUGCUACCGCAUCAUCAUCAAAAAGAAACGAUACGCUGAAACAACCAUCAUCAUCUACGACACUCCUCCAAUCAAAAUUACAACGUGGUCGACAGCUGAUUGAACGUAAUAGCAUCACCAAGAAUGGGACGCUGGCAAUGUAUUGGGCUGAAAUGGAAAAUGUGAUUAUGCAGAUUUUCGAUAUCACGGCGGACAUGCUCAAUGUCGAUAUUACACCUCUUUCACCUUUGGCUUCUUUGGACAUAAUCGCCCUUCUCAGCAUCUCGAACAAGUUCUCUCAAUUGACACGCUCAUUGGCGCAACUCCUUUCAGACAAUGAACCUGUACAAUGGCGACAGCGUAAUCCUCGUCGAUGGGCUGGCAGCAAACGAACACAGGAACAGCAACAACGACACAUGACUCAAUGCAUAGCCGACAUUGUUCGUAAAGAGUCCAACAUUAUGCUUGAGCAGUUACAGGCGUUAAGAGACUUUGUAUCACAGCAUGGGCGUCGCAUGGAUACGCAACAAGAGGGAAAGCACCGUGCAACGGCAGAGUCAAUUCAACAUUUGCUCAUAUCUCAUGCAAACAAUCUGGUGGAUACACUUGUCGCAUUCUUCAUUUCACCCGCUUUUAUUGCUCUUGAAAACAAGCUUGAACUUGAUAUUCAUCAUCAUCAUCAUCAUCAACAACAACCACAACACUUUUCUGAUAACGGUUCCACAAUGCUUGUAAUGGUUCAAGACGCCGUGGUUGGAUACGACAUGACAAGAGAUUCUGGAUCAUACGAGAUACACAAAAAGUAG